AGCAUUCACUCCAUGGAAGUAGGAGAGGGAGAGAACAAGUCAAUUCCAUUGAGCGAGCAAUUAGGAAGCGGAUCAGAAAGAGAGCAUGGAAGGCGGCAGAGCGAGCCACUAAUCCACCUACGCAUAUGCAUCUGCAUCGCUCUCACGCUGUCACCAUGAUGAAAUUAUGCAAGGUGGUCGGCUACCGCAGCGCGCUCUUCGCACUUCUCUCUCUCAUCCAACAUGACAUCAAAGCGCUCUUAGUAGUGCUGAGAGUAAAAUAAGAAAGGGAGUUGGCGGACCACCUUUCAAAAUUUCAUCAUCACUCGGUCCAGGCGUGCGUUUUCUAGUCCGCUUUGCGUUUCGGGCAUUGAGAAUUAGGAAAUGGAAAAUAUUCAAAAACUGUGCCACACAAAUUUGAUAAUCAAAAAGACAGAUCGACGUAGGAAAAUGCGUUAAUAAGUGCAAGUGAAGUGUUACAAGUGUAUUAUUUAUUUGAUUCCACUUAUUACUUGGAAGAGCUUUUCCCAAAAACACGAGUACUCCAUGCGAUUGUGGGUUCUUUCUGGCAUUGGGGGGCUGGAGUGCCCCGAGCCUUUUUUACCGUCAACAAAAAUAAACCAAUCAAACAAAACAUAACGGAAUCGAAAGGAAAGGAAUCUUUAGGACCGUGCCGGAGAGAGGAGAGUCAGAUGUACGUCGAGACGCGCCAAGCGCGCAACGCAAACUGAAUCUGAGCCAAGCCGACACGAAACGAUAUUGGGAGCAGAGCGAUGCCUGGCCUGAAGAUUGAAUGGUGCUGCUGCGUUGUGGCAGGAUAUCCCAAAGCAUGGGGCACAAACAGCGACACCGACAGCGACAGCGACACCGACACCGAUGCCGACAGACACACACUCAUGGACAUGAGCAUGGACAUGCAAAAGGCGCAAAAUCACUAGAGCCAGCGGCGCUGCCCUCACCACACACCCUCCCGACGCGGCUCAGGAAUCCAUUAGCACCAGGAGGGGUGCCCUGUCCCAUCCGUCCGCUUUUCUGGCUUUUCAUUCAUAAAUCCAACUUGCACUUUUGUUUACGUUGCCCCCAGGCCUGCGCAGGCGCCCUGCGAGUGCCAGUCCGAGUGCCAGUGCGAGUGCGAGUCCUGCUCCCCACCCCAUUUUAUGGGGACACCUGUUGGACUUUUGCUUUUGAAUUUUUGGGCAAUUGAUAGACCCGAAAAUUGACCGUCCUGUCAAUCAAAACUGAAACAAAACUUGAAGGCCUAAAUGACUUAAUUGGAUCGCCUUUUGGACAGCACAAUUUUCGGGGGCUAUAAAAGGGCCAGGUCAGCAGUCCGGAGAAUCGUUCUGAAUAAGAUGACACAUUUGGCUCUGUAUCGUCUGCUGGUGUUCAAUUUGCUGGAAAUCAAUUUGAGGGAUGUCUUAGUGUUCCACUGCUGGUCGGAGCCGGAGGCCUAUCCUCUGGCUGGGAUGAUGAGUGAGAGCCACAUCUAUUCGCAAUAUAUUCAACUGCAACAGGAUGCUGGCCUGGCCAACAUACACAAGGACUACUUGGACAGCGAUAUCACCAAAAUGGGUGUGUUCCUUGACUUGGGCUGCCCGCAGGCUGCUCUUCUUACAAACCAGUCCAGUCGCGCCCGACUCUAUAACCGUCGCUUCCAUUGGCUGCUAUUCGAUGAAAUGGGUAACCUCACGAAUCUGGCCGAACUUUUUGUCCGUGCCAACAUCAGCCUGGAUGCCGAUGUGACCUACAUCGAGCCGCGGGAGGGGGAAGCAACGGACGAGGAGGAAGAACUCUUUGUGUUGCAUGAUGUCUACAGCAAGGGCAGCCACUUGGGGGGCAGGCUCAACGUGACUAUUGACCAGAGUAUCCAGUGCAGUCGUACCGACUGCAGGAUCAGGGACUACCUCAGCGAUCUGCAUGAGCGGACCAGGCUGCAGCAGCGCAUGGACUUGACCAACAUCACCUUUCGAAUGGCUGCCUUGGUGUCCGUGAUGCCACUCACUUCGAAGGAGGAGAUUCUUAUGCGGUUCCUGAGCGGCGAAGAGGAUGCCCACUUGGACUCGAUUUCCCGCCUGGGCUAUCGCCUCAUCCUUCACAUGCAGGACUUGCUACAUUUCAACUUGAGCUUCACUUGGGUGGGUGACUGGAGCAUCCAGGAUGCAUUUGGCGGAGCCAUAGGCCUGCUGGGCAAUGAGUCGGUGGAGCUGUGCUCCUCUCCCUUCAUUCCGACGUGGAACCGCAUUCACUAUGUCCAUCCCAUGGUGGAGCUGGCCGAGUUUCGAGCGGUUUGUAUAUUCCGUACGCCGCACAAUGCUGGGAUCAAGGCGACCGUGUUCCUAGAGCCCUUCAUGCCCAGCGUCUGGCUGGCCUUUGGGGCACUGCUAGUCCUCUCCGGGUGCCUUCUGUGGCUAAUAUUUCGCCUGGAGCAGCACGGGAUGCAGCGGUGCCUGGACUUUGUGCCCUCCCUGCUCACCAGCUGCCAGAUCAGCUUCGGGGCUGCCUGCAUACAGGGCUCCCACUUGCUGCCCAAGUCCACGGGCGGCAGACUGGCAUUCAUCGCCGUCAUGCUCACCUCCUUCCUCAUGUACAACUACUACACAUCGAUUGUGGUGUCCACACUCCUCGGAUCGCCAGUGCGCUCCAACAUAAGGACCGUGCAACAGCUGGCGGACAGCUCCCUGGACGUGGGCAUCGAUAAUGUGCCAUUCACCAAGGCCUACCUGACGUCCUCGCCCCGUCCGGACAUACGCAGUCUCUACAGACAGAAGGUGGAGAGCAAGCGGGAUCAGAGCACCGUCUGGUAUGGGCCUGAGGAGGGGGUCCUCAAGGUGCGCGAUCAGCCCGGGUUCGUGUACAUCUCGGAGGGAUCCUUCAUUUACCACCAUGUGGAGAAGCACUACCUUCCCCGGGAGAUCUCCGACCUCAACGAGAUCAUGCUGCGGCACGAGGGCACCGUCUACCACAUGAUCCACCUGAACAGCUCCUAUCGAGAGCUUAUCACCCAGCUGGAGGUGCGCCUCGUGGAGUGCGGCCUCACCUCGAAGCAGCGGCGCUUCUUCAGCAAAACGAGGCUGCAGACCUACUCCAACAGCUUCGUGAUCCAGGUGGGAAUGGAGUACGCUGCACCACUGUUUCUAUCCCUAUUGGGAGGCUACUCCAUGGCUGUACUGGUUCUACUUCUGGAAGUGGCUUGGAAGCGUACCGAGAGGCAGAGCUGUCUCUUGCCCCAGGAGCAGUGAAGAAGCAA